GCUGGUCCAGGCGGCAGGGCCAGCUCCGCCAGCUCUCGGCUUUCCCAAGCCUAUGAAGGUGCCGUGGCACCCUGCGAGCCCGCUGCCCGCCGCGUCUCUCCACUCCUUCCUCCGGGCCCCGCAGGGCUCAGGAAGCAACUCGGAAGCGACACGCCUGCCCCGCGGCAGCCGUCGAUGGAGCGCGACGAGCCGGAGCCGCUGCCGGCCGCUGCUCGGCAGGUAGAUGACCAAACAGCCCUUGUUAGUAAACCCAGGAAGAAAGGAGGAAAAGGUGAUCUAGCAUCAGCUGGAUUUAACAUUAUCAACUCUAUCAUAGGAUCAGGUAUAAUUGGAUUGCCAUAUUCAAUGAAGGAAGCUGGUUUUCCACUAGGAGUACUGCUUUUAUUUGGAGUUGCCUAUAUUACAGAUUAUUCCAUUAUAUUACUGAUCAAAGGAGGAAACCUCUCCAGUGCCAACACCUAUCAAGAUCUGGUCAGAAAAACAUUUGGGCUUGUAGGUUAUCUAAUUCUUUCAACUCUUCAAUUUUUAUAUCCAUUUAUUGCUAUGAUCAGUUACAACAUAAUAACUGGAGACACAUUAACUAAAGUUUUUCAGAGAAUUCCUGGAGUUGAACCAGAUAACGUGCUUACCGACCGUCACUUCAUAAUCCUUCUUACCACCAUCAUCUUUACGUUGCCUAUAUCUUUAUAUCGAGACAUAGCAAAACUAGGAAAGGUAUCUCUUAUUUCUCUGAUUUUAACCAUUGUCAUCCUGAUUAUUGUGAUGGUGAGAACAGUAACAUUCAGUCCACAAGUACCCAAAUCAGAUAAUGCAUGGAUAUUUGCAAAAUCAAAUGCAGUACAAGCUGUUGGGGUGAUGUCAUUUGCAUUCAUCUGCAACCAUAACAGCUUUUUAAUAUAUGGGUCUCUGGAAGAACCCACAUUAAAGAACUGGUCUCGAGUCACACAUGUGUCUGUCUCACUUGCUCUUAUUAUCAGUGUAGUGUUUGCCGCAUGUGGAUAUAUGACUUUUACAGGAUACACAGAAGGAGAUCUAUUUGAAAACUACUGCAGAGAUGAUAGUCUUGCUACAUUUGGAAGAUUUUGUUAUGGAGUUACUGUAAUUCUGACCUUCCCUCUUGAAUGUUUUGUAACCAGAGAGGGAGUUCUGAGUGCUACCCCACUUGUUUUUAUCAUCCCAUCAGCGUGUUACCUAAAGUUGUCCAAAGAGCGAUGGAACCAUUCAGAUAACCUCAUAUCCUGCCUGAUUCUUGUUGUUGGUGUGCUAGUGAUGACAGUUGGGUUUGUUUUGACUGUAUUGCAUCCCCAGGAAUGUAGCCAUGGAAAAGAAAUGUUCUACUGUUUCUCUAGUAAUAUUUCUUCUCACAACAGUACACUUCCACCAUAGGUAGAAUACUGAUCUGCAGACUAGGUCAUAUACAUCUCAUAGCAAGCCAUACAUGCCAGUUCAAAUGAGAGUGGAACAAAGAGCUUUACUGUUUUGAUACGCACUAAGCAUUUUAAACUGUGUAACUGGAAUUACGUACUUGGUUUUAUGGUGCCAUCCUUUUUCAGGUAAGACUUAAGUUUUAGCUGUUGAAACAGAAAUUCUCAGAGGUGCCUUUCAGUAGACAUUACUAGAAUAACUUGCAAACCUGUCAAAAAAGGCUGCAUUUUUUUUAACUUAGUCUUACAGCUGAUUAAAAUCUGUAAAUAAAACGUUUAGGAAUGUAGACAUCUCCAAUGUUUCAUUGCUGUAGUUUGGUUUGUACUAAUUUUAAAAUCUUUUAAUGUAUAUUUAUUAGCACACUAUAGUAUGAGGUUCUUUUGAAGUCUUGAAAAAAAAGAAAAAGCAUGCCUGGAUCUGUCUAUGUGUUAAACUUCUGCUCUUCAGUUGAAAGAGCCCUAUUAAUUGUGUCUUUGAUUUUACCAUAACUGUCCUGUAGUGCUGAAAGCAUCCUUUGUACUGGCUCUAGAGUCAAGAGCAAUUUUGUAUUCUGACUGAACUGUAACUGAUGCAAUUCAACUGUUAUUGUUACAACUUUUGGUCUUCUAAUUAAAAGAUACUGCAUGAAUAAAUCUACACAGGUGAAUUUUAAAAGACUCAAGUAAACAGUCUGUAAAAAUUUCAGGAUUGACAGAAAAGAAAAUAUAAGAAACACAUCUUGGUUCUUACAUUUAUAACCCUAUUGAUUAUUUCUGAAGCUGGAUUGAAAUAUGGCUAUAUGCUAGGCCUGUGCGGCCUUAACAAUAUCUGUAAGAAAACAUUCUGGACUUGGUUAUCAUUCUAGUCCUCUGUUUCUUUUCAAUAUAUGGCUAUUGAAUUUUUUUUAAUGGCUUGUUAAAUUUCAGUGUUUUGUUUUUUUUUUUUUUAUGUUCUCCAAAGUCUGUUUAACAUUAAGGAUUCAUGUGUGUGUGUAUAUAUAUAUAUAUAUAUGCAUAUAUAUGUGCACAUACAUAUAUAUACACAAAUACAUAGAUAUGCCUAUAGAAUACAAGUGACUUGAAGUUGAGAAUGUUGGUAUCCUCAGUAUCAGUGCAGGGAUUUUGAAUAUAUUUUGCUAACAAAUCAAACUCUGUACUUUCAGUUAGGUUUUGUGAUCAUUGUGGUUCCUUUUGCCCAUCAUUCCUUGACAGCUAUAUUGAAUAAUGCUACUCCAUUUUUAUGUUUUUAAAUGAGGUAGUGAUGGUUUUUGUCUUCAGUUCAUUUUGCGUGACACAGCUAUUUUUUUCAAGCUAGUAGCUAAAUAGAUCUUUAAGCAAGGAUUGAUAGAUUGUAAUAAUACUCAUAGGAAUAACACACUUCUUCUGAAAGCAGUGCUUUAAUAAUAAAUGUUUUAAGUAUUGUUGGGGUUUUUGGAAUGGUAGAUUUCCUUUGUUUGUUUCUUUUUAAGUCAUAAAACUAUUAGAGACUUUAAAUUGUUAUUUUGCUUUAAUUUCCCUAAACAGAGUCUACUUUAAGGGUGAUAAUUUAUCUGUAGGCCAGAUACGUGGUACUGUUGAUAGAAUAUUUUUCAUAAGUAGAUAGACCUACCAGAUUAGAUCCAGCAAUAGCUGAUUUUUGUCUUAGCUGUGGAUAAGUAGUCACUGGAUAGAUUCAUCUCCUUCUGUGCCAAAUGGAGUUAAGUAUUUCCUUGUGACAGCUGAUAAGAGCUUUCUGGUGAAUCAGAAAUCUCUCAUAAGUCUCAUAAGCUUUUUUGCUCUUAAGUAUGUUACCACUGUUUCAAGUAUUAAUUAUAAGCUAUCCCUGCUUUACAGGGUCUAUAGAAUAAUUUAUAGGAUGUGUUGUAGUAUUGCCUGUUUAACAUCAAGAUUGUUUUGAAGUUCUGUCAAAUAUUAAAUUACAUUUACCUGUCCAUUAUGAAGGCCAAGGCUUUCUAUGACUUUGUACUUUAUAACUGCAGAUUUAAAAAAAAUUGGUUUCAUGAUGCUUUGUAAUUUGAAAAGUAAAAAGUCUCAGGUUGUAAUGUUCGGUUAAAUUUUCACUGAUUAUAAAACAUCUUUUGCUCGUAAAAGUUUCUUUUGCAGAAACUAAUUGCAUUAAUGUAAUCAUAUUAGCAGUUAUCAUUCAUGAAUUUGCCAGGGGAUGAUGGGGCUGUCUCAACAAUAAAUAUACUGAAAAAGGAAGUCAGAUGUCUUGGAUGCCAGAAUUUAAAGUUAACUGCUAGUUUGCUAAUGGCUUUAUAGAAGCUAUUUUUAUUUCCUUUCCAGUAUUACACAGUUUAGCUUACCUUUAGUGAAGUGGCAAGUAACAGUAACCUGCUAUAUGCUUUCUUAGGACCUAGGUAGUCUGAAUACAGAAAGAAGCACCUUUUUAUUUCAUAAUAAAAGCUGUGAUAGCCAAUGUUUUUUGGAAGCAGUUAAGACUCACAAAAAUAAAGUUGUACCUAUCACUAAAGCAAUAUGGAAAAAAAUUAAAGAUAUAAAAAUAAAGCUCAUAUAAAUAUGACAGUAGGUAAGUCCUGUUGCAAUAGUAAAGAAAGAUAUGAAAACAUAAAAGGAAACAUUACAGAAAAAAUAUUACAACAACACUGAAGAAUUGCUAGUGAAUAUACUUUAAGCUUCAAACAGAAAUGUCCUUCUGUGAUUAAAAAAAUAAGGCAAAAGCAGCAAUUUACAAUCUGGUAGUUUUAAUGGAGCUUACUGAGAAUUAAUGAGAACUAAUUACUACCUGGUUUUAUACUCUUUUUGCACUGCAGAAUAUACUUUUGAUUUGUAGGUAUAAAGUAGGUUUGGUUGGUAAGCUAGAGGGAUAUAUCAUUGCUUAACUACUGAACAAAUCACAACCUCUGUUUCUUGGUAUUUCAGUACAGUAAAGGUUUCUUUUUUAUCUUUGUAUCUUUUCAAAAUGUUUAUCUUGGUUUGGCUUGUUAAGUGCAAACUGGAGUUUGUUUUAGCUUGGUAAAAUCCUUUGGGAUGCUGUCACUGGCUUCAGGAUGUGCAGGAUCCAUAGUACUUAAAGCAGAGGUGUGCUGUGUAUAGAAGUAGAGCGAGUGCUGGAAGUAGUGAUAUCCCUGACUCUAAAUGCUCUGUGGUGACAGGACUUCAUGGAAUCCAGGCAGAAGGAGAGCAGCAAUAUUCCACAAGCACUUACUGGCAGGUUUUUCAUAUCAAAAGCUGGUAGUGUGACUCACUAUUUCUUCCAAGUUCCUCUCUCUAGCUGAGAAGGCAUUUCAGGACACCAGAUGUACAAUUACCAUUCUUAACAGAAGCUAAGCAGACGGUUUCUGACUUUCUU